AUGAAAUCUCUCAUAGGAGUAGCAAUACUCUUCAUGUUAUUAGCGAUUGCUAAUGCCCAAGAUACUAAAACUCAGGUUAACAAUCCAUGGUUUACCGAGGGCAUCAAAAUGUUAGAAGAGAAAUUGAAUUACAAACCUAUCAAGAAAGCAGGCAAUAGUGUAAUUUUGUUUAUAGGAGAUGGAAUGAGCUUAACAACAGUUACAGCGGCAAGGAUAUAUCAAGGUCAACGCGAUGGUAAGUCUGGUGAAGAAGGACAAUUGAGUUGGGAACAUUAUCCACAUACCGGAUUAGCUAAAACAUAUAACAUCGAUUAUCAGGUUCCCGAUUCUGCGGGGACUGCUACCGCAUAUCUAUGUGGAGUAAAAACCAAUAAAGGGCUAGUUGGUGUUACAGAAAAGGCUAAACGAGGCAACUGUCCUUCUGCAAAAGGAACUGAUGUUUAUUCAAUCCUAACUUUAGCUCAGAAAGCUGGUUUAUCGGUUGGUGUAGUAUCUACAGCACGUAUAACCCAUGCAACACCUGCAGUGACUUAUGCUCAUACACCAGAACGAGAAUGGGAAGGUAGUGUUCCAGCAGAAGUAGCAUCAGAAGGUUGUAUCGAUGUUGCACAACAGUAUAUCAAUUAUCAGCGAGAACAUGGCGGUGUUAAUGUCAUGUUGGGUGGAGGAAGAAGAUAUUUUAUGUCCGAGUCCCAAAGUGAUGUAGAAUAUUCAGACUUGAAAGGUCGUCGUAAGGAUGGUAAAAAUUUGCUUGAUGAAUGGAAAAAAUUAAAUCUACCUAAUUCACACUAUAUAUGGAAUACAUCAGCAUUUAAUGCUGUUGAUCCAAUGAAAACUGAUUACCUGUUUGGAUUAUUUGAAUAUGGGCAUAUGCAAUAUGAAGUUAAUCGAAAUAAAGGACCUGGUGGCGAACCUUCUAUUGCUGAAAUGACUAGGAAAGCUAUCCAAAUAUUACGGAGAAAUCCUAAAGGUUACUUCUUAAUGGUCGAAGCUGGUAGGAUUGAUCAUGGCCAUCAUGAAGGUAGUGCAUACAGAGCACUGGUUGAAACAGUUGCUAUGGCGGAUGCUGUUGAUGUGGCUAACAAAAUGACCAAUCCUAAUGAAACAUUAGUCGUAGUUACAGCCGAUCAUGGCCACACUAUGUCUAUGGGAGGCUAUCAGAAACGUGGUAAUCCAAUAUUUGGCUUAACUGAUGAUUUAGAUAUCUACGGUAAUAAAUAUUUAACGCUGAAUUACGCUAACGGACCUGGCGGUUGGGAUGAAAGGAAGCCAAGACCUCGAUUGACUAAUGAAAUGACAAAAGAUCCCCAUUUCUUACAGCAAGCAGUAGCUAAGUUAGUCAAGGAAACUCACGAUGGUACUGAUGUUGCUGUCUAUGCUAAAGGUCCCUUUGCGCACUUAUAUGCUGGUGUAUGGGAACAAAGCUUUGUAGUCCAACCAAUGAUGAAAGCAUUAUGUUUAGAUGCAUCUAAACCAGGUCAACAGCAUUGCAAGAAUUCCGCUGGAGGUAUUGCUCCCGCUGCCAUGCUAACGUUGGUAAUGGCUCUAUUCGUAACAUUCUUUCAAAAUUUUUAA